GCGCUGCCAUUGGCGGGCGGCCAUGGCGGGGCGGGGCAGCGGCGGCCAUGGCGACGGGCGGCGGAGCCGGGAGCGCUCAGGGCGGGCGGCGGGGAGCGGGGCUGAUUCGGGCUGAAAGCAAAAGGCCAAACAAGCCGAUGGAUGCGGUGGAGAAAAGGGGGCCGUACAUCAUGAGCAAGCCUCCCUCCCUUCACGCCAAGCUCCAGCGGCAGCGCGAGCUGGCGAAGGCAGCGCUGCGGAGACAGGGGCUGCUGGGGGGACCCGCGCCGCACCAGCCGAAGCCGGCGCCAAAGAGGUCAGUGAAGUUUAACAAGGGCUACACGGCGCUCAGCCAGGCGGUGGAUGAGAACCUGGUCUCCCUCGACUCGGACAGUGACGGGGAGCUGGGAUCCAGAUGUUCCUCAGGCUACUCCUCGGCCGAGCAGGUGAACCAGGACCUGAGCCGGCAGCUGCUGCAGGACGGGUACCACCUCGAUGAGGUCCCCGACGAUGAAGAUCUGGAUCUCAUCCCCCCGAAACCCGUCACCUCCUCUUCUUGCCCCUGUUGUUUCGGAGAAAAUCUCUCCUGCGUGAUCCAGUAGACGCCGCUCAGCUAGGGCCGUGCAAGAACAGGUCACAAGCCAGCACUUUCUUUGUCCCGUGGGGUGGCUGUUGGUGUCCGUGUCCCAUGCUGGGAUGGGGACACAAGGACUGAAUGAUGCUGCAAUGUCACUCGUGGUGAGCAGCACCAACCGAACAACCCCAGAGGACUUUUCCUUACACUCAGCAAUAUCAGGGAGAGGUGGGACGGUGAUAUUUAGGUGGCCUGGAUGGGACUGGCUGGGGUGGGAGGGAGGAGAAGCAGAGCCCGGGCACCUCUAUGGGGUAUAAAGGGAAGGAAUUGGGAGGUGCAGCAGCAAAUGCUCUGGGGUUUGCCUGACCUCCUCUUUUCCUCAUUUAACCAGCCACCUCGAGGAUCAGCCCUCCCUGUGAAGGGGUGGUGGAUGGUGGGGUCGUAUCCCGUGGUGUGGGACAGGGCUGCGAAGCCCUGAGACCCCUUUUCUAUUUAUUUUAGCUUUAGUUGCCCCUCUUCCCCGGUUGGCUGAGGCCAAGCCAGCGAGGUUGGGGUGGGCUGGCAGAGAGCUGCUUCGUUUACCAGUCUCAUGCUGCUUGCGAUUAAUUGCAGCCGGGUUUCCUUCUCCCAAAGCCUGGGCUCAUCUGAACCAAAGAUUGCAGCUCUGGUGAAGAUGGGGGCAACCCAAGGGGCUGGGAGCUCCGCGCUUUCUGCCUCUCGAGGGACCUGUUAAGUCUGAGGGCUCUGGGUUUGGAGCUAAUGGCUUGUUCCAGUUCUCCCCAAAGCUUCAGGCGAGGGGCAGCACAGACCCCUGUGCCCGCUGCACACGGGUCUCGGUGCAGAUUCGGGGUGGCCGGGGAGUCUUCCUGCUGUGAACCUUCAAAGCUGCCUUAAGUCAUGGUCCUGCUCUACUACAUAGAGGACAAUCAGCUUCUUAUACAGAAACCUUAUUUAAAUAUUUCAUGUCUAGACAUCUGAACUGUUUUGGUUAUUUUUUGUAUUUUCUGUGUUGAAGGGAGCACUCAAUAAACUGGAUCUCAUUA